AUGUCCACUUGGAUUCUCGCCGCCACUUUCGUCCUCCUGAUCGCCGCCACCGCCACCACCACCAACACCACCGUCUUCAUCACCGCCACCGCCACCUCUAGCACUCAAGAACACAAGGCCCUUCGUGCAGCCAAAUCAAUGGUCUCGCAGGCCAAAAUCUUGGUCGACCACAAAUUCAUGUCCCUUGACCAAAACAUUGAUAAAGAGAUCAGUAACAACAGCAACGUGAUGAGGCAUAGUUUGGCUCUGAGUGAUUGCUCUAAGCUCUACAGAAACAGUGAGUCUCGGCUCAUGCAGUCACUAGACAGGGAGGAUCACACGGUCGAGGACACUCAGACGUGGCUGAGCGGCGUGUUGGCGAACCACCGGACUUGUUUGGAUGGCUUGCGGGAGGAGGGUCAUGCUUCUUUGGAUGGCCUAAGUGGGGGUUUGAUGGUUAACCUAACUCGCUCACUUCGCCAUGCCUUGGCUUUGUAUGGAAGAGAAACGAGUGUCGGGAGGGGAACGUCACCGAGGUUUGGAACGGACCCAAAUGGCGGGCUUUUAGCGUCAUGGAGUGCAGCGACAUCCAAGGCCGAUUUCGUUGUGGCGAAGGAUGGUUCCGGCACUUACACGAUGAUCAAAGACGCCAUCGCCGCAUUAGCUAGAAUGGGCGAGAGUCGGCCCAAGAGAGUGGUGAUCUAUGUGAAAUCGGGAGUCUAUAAUGAGAAAGUCGAGAUCGGAAGGGACAUGAAGAAUGUGAUGUUCGUGGGCGAUGGCAUGGAUCGGACUAUCGUUACCGGCAGCAAAAAUGUUCCAGACGGUUCCACCACUUUGGCUUCAGCUACAUUUGCAAUCUCUGGGGAUGGCUUCUGGGCAAGGGACAUGACAUUUGAGAAUACGGCGGGUCCCCAUAAACACCAAGCUGUUGCGCUAAUGGUCAGCUCAGACCAAUCCGUUUUCUACCAAUGUAGCUUCAAGGCCUACCAAGACACGCUCUUCACGCACUCCUUGCGGCAAUUCUACCGUGAUUGCCACAUCUAUGGCACCAUCGACUUCAUCUUCGGUGAUGCAGCCGUCAUCUUCCAGAACUGUGACAUAUUUGUCAGGAGGCCAAUGGACCACCAAGCCAACAUGGUGACCGCUCAGGGUCGAGAUGACAAAUAUGAGAACACAGGGAUCUCGAUUCACGGAUCGCGAAUUGCCCCAGCCCUUGACUUCGCGCCAGUUAAGGGCUCGUUCAAGAGCUACCUAGGACGGCCAUGGAAGAAGUACUCGAGGACGGUAAUCAUGAAGACAAAUCUAGAUGGGUUGAUAGAUCCAAAGGGAUGGAACGAGUGGAGCGGCGAGUUCGCCCUCAAGACCCUAUUUUAUGGGGAGUACAUGAACUUAGGCCACGGCGCGUCAACAGAGAGGAGGGUGAAUUGGCCAGGUUUUCAUAUCCUCAAGAGUCCUGAGGAGGUCGGACCAUUUUCAGUGAGAAGAUUCAUUCAAGGAGAUUUAUGGAUUCCUAGGACUGGUGUACCAUUUUCGCUUGAAAUUUGA